CCGAGGACAUUUGGCUUUGGAGUUGAAACCAAAGGGACUUUUAUUGAUAUGCAACUUCGCCUACGCAAAAUGCCAAUGGAGCGGCCUCGAAUUUUGCCAAAGCGUGUUGGGACCAUUUUUUCUGUCAUUUUCUUGUUCCCAAAUCAAAACGACGUCGUUUCUCUGAACUCUGCCCCUACUGUUUUUCGCCCCUUUGUGAAAUCACCUCCAUUUCCAUCUCCUACUCCUGGCCCGAUUCCUUCCCCGCCUGCGCCCGCUGAAAUCUCUGCUAUUUCCUUGCCAGCUACUCCUUCGUCGUGGCCGCUGCUUGCGCCCUAUCCCACCUCAUCGCCCCGUUCUCUCUCGCCCUCCUCUCCAUCAUCAUUGCGCUCUGGAUCCUCCUCUACUUGUUCAAAGAAGACUGUUUGGUGUUGUGGAGCCAUAGCAUAAGCGAUCGGUGGGUGUGGCGGUGAUGUUUUCUUGUUUCCCGUUUUUGUUUCCUCCCAUUUCUUGAAAUUCCUUCUUACUUUUCGACAUCGCACGAUAAAUGAGAUGGAAAUUUGCCUUUUCUAGGUCAGUAUAGAUGUGGUAUAGAUGUGCGGAGAUCAGUUCUUGUUCUAGGCUAUGGUAGCUCCUAAUUGAGUGCUUUGUGCGGCAUGGUGGAGAAUUUGGUCAUCAUGAGGCUUUGUUGAUUUUAUAAAAGGAAAGGAGGAUC